AUGCCUGGAUCCAGAUACUCCCGUGUCCCGGGAACCGACUCUGACAGCGUAGUAACAGUCUCUAGAGAUAGCAAAAGGGGGGGUAAAAAGAUACAACUGUAUGAUUAUUCGGACAUAAAGCCAGACUACAGAUUGGAUGUUUACGGUGACCCGAAUGGACCAGGUGGGGCACGAAGGGGAAGAGGAGAUGCUCUUGAUGAUUGUUCUGUAGCGCCAUCUGAUAGCAUCAGCAAUUGUAAGCCCCCGGAAAAUUUGGCAUUAGCCAGGAGAUGGGAAAGUGGACGGGAUCGACACAGCGAGGUCCCAAGCUCUCACGAAUCGGAAAUGACUGCGAGACCGCCAAGUAAUACAGGUAGAAGCAGUACAGGGGGAAGUAGUGACGGUAGAAGUAGGCAUGGUAGAAGCAGUACAGGUGGAAGUAGGGAUGAUAAAAGCAGUACAGGUGGAAGUACUAAAUAUGGUGGAAGUACUAAAUAUGGUGGAAGUACUAAACAUGGUGGAAGUAGCAGUAAAUAUGGACAAUCACUCGCAUCAGUACCCGAAGAAGGAAGAGGAGGAGGAGGAGUAACAGUCAAGAAGACUACAAAACGAAGAGUCAUUGAAGAAGUUAGAACGGAAGAAUGUAGAUUUCCUAGUAGGAGGUAG